AUGAGUCCAGUUUUAGAUGGACGUUUUAAAUUUCAGUGGAUAAAUGAUUGUGAUUUAUUAUCUGAUUUAACAAAAAAUAAUAUUAUUUUAACUAUCAAACAAUAUAUUAUUGAUGCAUGUAUAAAACUUAAUUCAAAAAAUAACAUUAUUAAGGAUGAUGUUCAAAUGAUACCUGAAGAAGCCAGCAGCAAUAAUACAAAUGCAACAUUUUCUGAUAAAGGAAAUAAAAAAUGUUUAUUUCCAACACUAAAAGUUGGUUCACCUUAA